AUGGCAAACGCUCGAAGCCGCGGCUUGAGGCUUUCACCUGUGUGCAGUUGCUGUGGUAAACGAGGGCACAGAGUGGAGACCUGCAAGCUGCCAGGUGCCAAGGUCAUUCAGGCUUUGCGCAAGAAGUGCUCCGAACAAGCGAAAGCUGCUAGCAGUUCCGUGAAGAAGAAAGAUGACAGAAGCCAUUCUCACAAGGAUGGUCAGCACAGAAAAGUAGCAGCCAAAAGCUACGGAUCCAACAAGGAGAGAAAGCAGAAUGUGAGAAGAGUCCUCGGAAGCGUCAUUUCUCCUUUGACGUUGACAAAGACAGAAGCUUGCUCGUGGCUGUUGAAACAGGGGUUCGUUUCCAGCAGCUCGGUUUGCCGACACUGCGGCCAGAAGUCGUUGAAGGGCCCUUACUGUCUUUCUCGUAAAGACCGCAGGGAUCACUUCUAUUGGAGGUGUGCGAGGAAUGCGUGCAACAUGCGAGACGCAUUUUUGCAGAAGUCUUAUUUUGCAGGCCUACAGUGUGAGCCAGAUACGUUGGUCCAGAUGUUGGUGCGCUACGCAAACAUGUCCCAUACCAAAGCUGUGGUGGCCACAGACCUGGUGCAUGCACACGGCGUGUCUUACAACUCGGCGGACAACUUCUUGCGUGUUCUGUCGGAGCGUGAAGCUGCAGCAGGCAAGAAGGCAAUGUCGUUGAUCCGGCUUCGCCAGGAGAUCGAGUGUGAUGCCACAUCACUCGGCCGCUUCUUUGUGAAGCCUGACAACAUCUUCUACGCGGACCAGAUCCAAGAUUUGCAGCAGAAGAAACGGGCCUGUUUGAAGUCUUACCCAGUCCAUGUGCGUGUCGUCGGCGCCAUCCAGCGGGGUGGCUUGAUGGUGGUGAAGUUCCUGACGCCGAAGGUUACUCUUCCCAAGGCUCGGCCGCCUGUCGAAUCGAUUCGGGAGAUUGACAGGUCCGACCUUGCAAAAUACAUUGGAGCAGACAAGAACACAGCAAUCUACUCAGAUGGUGCUCCGAGCUGGCGAACCUUUGCCAAGAAGCUCAAGAUCCCUGUGGCUCAGGUGUCACACCAGCAACGACAAUACGCAGUGCAGCUUCGACGUGCUCCUCGGCCCAAGCUGAGUAAAGUCGGAGGCACGCAGUGCAUCGAUGCUGCUUGGGGAAGCCUGAAGCGCUUCAUGCCGAAGCAGGUAAAAAGAAAAGGAAAAAUGAAAGGCGUCAGUUGUAUGAAUGCAACGUUGGAACGCCGUGUGUACCAAUGGCUCUGGCGCAAAAACCUCAGAGCUGAUGGAGAUGUCACAGGACAAGAGUUCCUGGUGCACUUGUCGAAGGCUUGCCGCUGGAAGUGA